GUCCCCCCAAGAUGCAGACUGAGGGCCUUGCUGCCUCCUCUUGUGAAGCUGUGGAGGAGGGACUGCGCUGGACUAGCGGCAGCAGCAGGGGAGGAGGAGCCAGAGCUGGCACAGAGCUGUUCCUGCCUGCAGGGAGCGGAUUAGCACCUCUCCAUCUCCGUGUGCUGGAGAGGCUGCGCAGGGGCAUGGUCUUUCUCUGAGUCCUGCCAUUCCCCAGGUUUGCCACAACGAUGAAAGGAGAUAGGUUAAAUGAGAAUGAGGAUUCUGAGCCAUCCGUAUGUGAGAGAAAUGGCAUGAUUCCCAUGCAUGAGAAAAGUGAGGAGAGACCAACAGUAGACACCAAAAGUGCUGAUGGGAAUAUACAAACAGAAGAAACUGCUCUCUUGAAUCACUCUGCUCAGCAACCUCCAGAACCGAUACCAGGAUCUUCAACAUCUACAAGAACAUGGAGGCAAAUAUUUGCUUGCCCACCCCAGGGUUUACUGGCCCUAAUAGUGACGAACGUUGCACUCGUGGUCCUGGUUUGGGCUGUGGUUUGGUCCAUCACUGGCACUGAAUGUCUCCCAGGUGGAAACCUGUUUGGAAUUAUGUUUCUUUAUUUUUUUGCUGUCAUUGGUGGUAAAAUUUUUGGACUUAUUAAAAUACGAACACUGCCACCUCUCCCUGCUCUUCUGGGGAUGCUACUUGCUGGUUUUCUCAUCCGAAAUACCCCAUUCGUUAGUGACAUUGUCCAGAUAAACCUACGCUGGUCUGCAGCACUGAGGAAUAUUUCUCUUUCAAUUAUCCUGACUCGAGCAGGACUUGGCCUGGAUCCAAAGGCUCUUAAGAAACUCAAAGCAGUCUGUUUACGGCUCUCUUUCGGACCAUGCCUCUCAGAAACAUGCACAGCUGCUGUUCUCGCCUAUUUAUUCAUGCAUUUACCAUGGCAAUGGGGAUUUAUAUUAGGUUUUGUUCUAGGUGCAGUCUCUCCUGCUGUUGUGGUUCCCUCAAUGCUGAUUUUACAGGCUGGGGGAUAUGGAGUGGAGAAAGGUGUCCCGACUUUGCUAAUGGCAGCUGGCAGCAUUGAUGACAUUCUGGCUAUUACAGGCUUCAACACUUGCCUUGGGAUGGCUUUCUCUUCUGGUUCCACUCUAUACAAUGUGCUCCGGGGAGUGCUGGAGGUUGCUGUUGGCAUAGCAGCUGGGGGGAUUCUGGGAAUGUUUGUUCGGUAUUUCCCAAGCCAUGAUCAGGCAUCUCUGUCAUGGAAGAGAUCAUAUUUUGUACUUGGGCUGUCCAUGUUUGCUGUUUUUGGUAGCAUCCACUUCGGCUUCCCUGGAUCAGGAGGGCUCUGCACAUUAGUCUUAGCUUUUGUUGCCGGUGUGGGAUGGUCUGAUGAAAAGAGGGAAGUAGAAAAAAUUGUCGCAGUUGCAUGGAAUAUCUUUCAACCUUUUCUUUUUGGUUUAAUUGGAGCAGAAGUAUCUGUAACAUCUCUUAGACCUGAAACUGUUGGGCUCUGUGUUGCUACGUUAAGCAUUGCCCUAGUUGUGCGAAUCAUAGCAACGUUCCUGAUGGUGUGUUUUGCUGGGUUUAAUUUCAAGGAGAAGGUAUUUGUCUCGUUGGCAUGGAUUCCCAAAGCCACUGUCCAGGCUGCAAUAGGUUCCCUUGCCCUGGAUACAGCAAGAAGUCAUCAGGAUGAGCAACUCGAAAAGUAUGGAAUGGAUGUACUGACGGUAGCUUUCUUGGCUAUCUUGAUCACUGCUCCAAUUGGAGCCCUGGCUAUUGGCUUGGCAGGGCCCAGACUUCUGCAGAAGGUGCAGACAAACAGCAAGGAAGAUGAGGAAGGUGCCGAAGCUGGAGAAGAGGCAGAGGCCUGUGAACCUUCGUGAGAUGGACAUCGAAAGGAAUAUGGUCCUUCAGCCCUUACGCUUUUGAGUAAACAUGUUGUGCCUGUAAUCGUUGUGGAGGAAACCAAAACAAGUAUUGCUUAUAUGUGCUAUUUCAAAAGCAGCUCUGGUGGAGUUUUAUAAAAUAUGUAAAAGUGUUGAUAGUGCUUUAAGAGAUGAACCAGCUAAACACACAGUGAAUAGGCUGGCCAGGCCAUGAGUCACUCAGAAGUUAGCAGUCAACAGUUACUUGAAACGUGGGUGUGAGGCCAGGGAGAGGAUCAGAAUUGUUCAGGCAUGGAGUGGAGUCAUGAGGUAGAUAAACAGAAGAAAAUGGAGACUAACGUGAAUAACUUCUUGAUGGUUGAAACUGGGCUGUAAGAUGACAAGUUCAACAGCUCAAAGAAUGCAACUAUUGAAUUAGAGAGGAUUGACGCACAGUGAACGAAUCCUGCCAUGGGUUGGUGAUUCCCUCUCCUUCCUCAUCCAGGUUUCAAAAUUUGCUGUUUCCCAUUGCUGUUCUCCCAUACAUUGCACACGUUCCUUUGUGCCUGCUUUCAAGGGCCUGUCAUUUCUGGUCCCAGCAAGGAGCAGCAAGCUGUUCUUGUGUGCUGGAGCAGGCAGCUGGGUCCAGGGUCCAUCAGGGCUGUGGUAAUACAGGAGUAUCUGGUGCUGGUAGAAAGGGCUGAGCUUGAAAAUAGGAUGAGAGUUUCAAGGAGGCUGUGAGGACUGGGAAAGGGUUAUAUGGGACUGGGACAGCUGCUGCUUCACAUGUGUACCUCAGCUCUUGUGCAACACUACGUCAAGCAAGGGAAAGCCAGCUCUUCAGCCACUGAGAGCGGUUAUGUUCUAGCCCUGGCUGCUGUAGGACAGGGGAGAGCUCCCCUAGGAUGGGGUUGCUGGCAGGACAAGGCCAAGGUAGCAAUGAGUUGUCCCCUUCUUCCUCAGCUCUUUCUGGAGAACUCAGCAGAGUUCUGCGGCAGACCUCAAACCAGGAUUUAUGGGUCAGCAGGUAUCUCCUGUUAUUCUGUCCUAAAUUUUUACUGAUUUGGCUGAGAAAAUGCAAUGAUCUGGUCCUUCUCACAUCUGCAUUUGGAUAAUUGUAAAAAAGUAAAACAAGUAUUUACCAAAAAAAUAACAAGUUAGUUCUCAGUGUUCCAAGAGGUGGAUGGCUGGGUUGGCUUUGGGGAUUGGAGGCCUCUCAGAUUUGGCGUGCCAUUUUAACCUCUAAUUAAUACAGAAAAGUAAUAGACUUGGAUUGAACAGCCUGGAAAAAAUAGUGCUGAGAGGGAUGGUACAAAGUGAAAGAAGCCUCACCACACCUUCCUUCAGAAAGGCUGCUAUGUGACAGCACUAGCACCUUCAUGUGUUCCGAAAACACAAGUUGUGUAAAGCUGUGGAUGAUGGUAAUGAGUGGCAGUGCUCAUUUUGAAUCUCUUGCCAAAAUGUUUCACCAGGGAGAACAAAAAGUGAGCUUUGGUGGUGGUGUUCUUUUGUUUUGGUUUGGUUUUUUGAUUUGUUUUCAUUUUAUUUAAUAUAGAUGCCUCCUGCAGAGUCAGUGCAAUAUAGUUCACAUUUGACUUUCCCAUAUGACUUGUUACACUUUUUUAUCUUCUUGACUGUCCAAAAGCCAGGAAUAAACCUCCUUUGUUGAUCAAAACCCUGCGCUUGCCUUUAGAUUUGGUAUCAGUUUGGGUUUGGUACUGCCUGUUACAGAUAUUGACAAAUCUUUGCUAUAUUUUGGGUGAGUAACUGGCUCUAAGUAGGUCAUUUUCUGCUCCUUUCAGAAACAUGGAGUCAGUACAGCAUUCCUCAGAAUCUAAGUUUUAUUUAUUUUUUUUUAAAUAAGGAUUUUAUACUGUGGUUGUAAUCGAGGUGGACAAGGGCUGUCUGCAGGAGCUCUACACUGCAAUUCAUUGAGGUUGUUUUACAGGAUACCGUAUAGAAUAUCUUUGUGUCCAGAGAUUUUUGGCAUCUGUAAGCAAGGAUUAACCAAUCCUAUUUUAGCUCUUGAAUUGUUACUAUGCAACACAAAAAGGUAAGACAAUACCUUUAAAAGAAAGCUGUCUGAAACUGUAUGAUUUGCUGAGUGCGUGUAUGCCUCUGUAUACAGAAUAAUUACAGCUUAGUAUAUGUGCCUUUUAAUAUGGCUUCCUUUCCAAGCCAAAAAGCAAGGUUCCCAAAAUAUAUAGAUAUUUAAGGUUUAUAGCCUGCAAUUCGAGCACAGUGAUAAAAACACCAAGAAGGUCUUUGGUAAGUUUCCCCUAACAGUUGUCAAGUACAAUUAUUAUUUCAUGUUCUCCAGGCAUCCUUACCAUAUACGCUGCUGUUCUCUCCACUUCUUUAGGGAAUGUACAGUCCUCAGUUCCCGUUUGUUCCCUCACCGGAGGAAGGUGCUCUCAAACUGCACAUACUGAUGCAUGGUUGCAGUGCUGCACUUGGUGGUUACUGUGUCCACUGACUUCUGUGCCCCUGCUGCCUGCUUUAGGUGGCUGAUGGAGGCACUCAGUUACUUAAACAGGGGUAGUUUAGAAGGAGCUAAUUGUAUUCGGAAAUUGUAGUGUCUGUAGACUUAAUUGAUACUGUGAGGGAAUAAGCUGUUUAUUUUAUCAGUGACUAUCACAUAAUACAUUCUACAUGAGUAAAAUUUACAAGGGGAAGCUGUACAUAGUUCAUUUUUUUCAUCAAGUUUUAUACAAAUUAGAACCCUCUUUCAGGGAGGCAUCAUUAUGCCACAUUUGGAGGCUGUUCAGUAACAGAAGUGUAAACAAUUAAAGUCCUUUAGAUUUGAACACGACCUUAAACAUGCAAGCAAACCUCUGACGAACAGUUGUUCAUGAUGGCCUCUAAUACUUGCUCACCAUCAUAACAGCAUCUCAUAAAUUGGAUUUAUCAUGUUCCCUUAACCUCUGUGCACUCUCAAUUUAUUCGUCAAGAUCACUCCCCCCACUAUUCUGAGACCUUGAAUAGCUGUACCAAUGAAAGUGUUUCUGUCUUCUAAUCCAUACUCAAUUUUUCUUUCCUCACCACUGCGUGUGGCUGUUUGUUACAAGACCCUUUUUCCUCGACCUUUAUUAAAUCGUGAACGAGAAUCAGACUGAAGCUCAUACAUAGUCCUGCAGAUCUAGUAUGAAGAGCAUUAACGCUUUAUAAUGCUCCUCUCCUUGUCUUCCAGACAGGAACAAAACACUUGUCUUCUCAUGAGAAGAAACAUAACAUUAGGGCUGAGACUGACAAUUUCAGCUCAUUUUAAAUAGCUGUUAAUUUAAAGAGAUACGAUUUCACUUUAUAUUAGAGUUUGCAUGGGUAAAGUCACAAGGCCACCUCCCUUUGAUCAAAAUGCCACGAAAUCAUUCUUGAAUAAUGCAUAAAUUCAAGCCAAUAAAAUCUUUGUGCCGUGCCAAGCAGUCUCUUACUUGGAGGAAAUAAAAUUAGGGUGCAACCUGCAGUAACCGAUAGCCAACAGAGCCCUGCUGUCAUGCAGACACAAUCACAGGGUAACAUGGAGGAGUACUGAGCACUGUGUGCACGUGCAGCACCAGAAGGUGGAGGAGAGCCUCUGCAGCAGAACAGUCUGACGGCACAGCGUGGUCCUGGCGGCAUGCGGCGGGCAGUUACAGCAGGCAGCAUAUGGGAAAAGACAGAAAUGGGCCAUCUGGACACAGGAAAUCACACAAGCUGGGGAUGCAAUGAUAGUGUAAUUAUAAUCACUGUUUUCUCUCUCUUUUACAGCCAAACCGCGCAUUCUAGAGAACUUGGAUGAAGUCUAAAAUUAAUUGUGAAACACUUGGGGAUGUAAUAUGGCUGCAAAACGGUGAACGGCAGUUUUUGCGUUUUGCUUUUUAAAUACAGAGUGCAAGAGAUGAAAUUUUGUGCCAGAUGCAUUUCACAUUUACUUUGUCUAAUAGUCAACUCAAAUCAGACACCCUUCUCUAAAUUUAUUCAUUUACAUGUUUCAUUGUAGUUCAUUACAACAAGUCUUCAUAGUCAAAAGAAAGGUAAGCGCCAGCGUUUGAGUUGCGUAAAGAAGGCAUGUUGCAGCAUGCCAUGUCUUGCUUUUCUGGCUUUUGCUUUUUCCUGACUGUGAAGAUUUGGUCUACUGCCUGAGUCCUGGUCUUUCUUACAACUGGGCAAAUUUAUCCCUUUGUGUAGAGCUUCCAAAUGAGGGCAGAAAAGUCACCCCGUGCCAAGAUGUGACCAAAUAUAUUCUAGCAGGUAAUUGGUUCAACUCUUGUCAACCGAGAUAAAGGGCUCUGCUGACACUUUAGUUCUUAGCUAACCCCGUAGACCCGUAGAAGAUAAUUUGAACAGAUAAGUAAACUGUGGUGGGUUUUCUUGGAGGGGGAGGAGGAGGGGUGUCUGCUUAAAUGGACAGACUUGCACUUAGAGCGCAAGCUAACUGUUAAAGGAGUCAGCAGUGACUUUUUUUUUCUUACUUUGGCAUCUGUCUUCUCAAGGACAUCAUUUUAACUUCAGAGGGAAAAUUCCUGCAUGUGGCUUGCAGAUGAAGAAUCCAAGCUGCAAGCAGCACAGGAUCAGAUAAGCCAGUCCUAUCCAGUGCUGUGAACUUAGCGGUUCAAGUAAAUUUCAUUUACUUGGUGAGAGCUGUUGGUACAGACAACAAACUUCCAAGGACUCCUGAAAGCAAAGAGAAUGAAAAUGACUCCGGUAGCUGUUGGUGAUAGAUUCUCCUGAUUCUCCUUCAUCCUGGGAAGUGUUUUGCUGCCCUUCUCAGCACUGAUGUGAACAUUAAUGCAUUGCACAGCAAUUUUCACAAGGCAGAGCUCUGUUUGCUCAGGGACCCACAAAAAGCUUCUACAAUGCACAUAGAAAAGGAGUCCUGACACUGGCUAGGUACCUUUACAUAAGUCAAGCCCCAGGGAACUGCUUUUUACCAAUCUGAGACAUUUAUUUUAAGUACAGCUGAUACUCAGAAUUCAGCAACUACAUUGACUCUGGAGAUUCUUUAUCAGCUCUGCUGCAUGGGAAGAGGCAGUCUUUGGAGCCAGAAAUGGAGAGCAGAGGAUCGAAGAGGUUAGUCUUCAAACUUGACUUGUAUUAGGAUAGAGACCAAUCCCAAAGAUAAGUCCUGGAAAGUAUCAGGAACAUCACUGAAACAGGAGUGCCCAGAGAACUGCAAGAAGCUGAGGCCAUGGACCACUGGCCAUGGUGUUAGGUUUUCGAGAAAAGGUUGUCUUAACUUUUAGUCCAACAGUAACAAGUCCAAAAAAUAAGAAACACAAACAUUGUGAGCAGAAGAGGACCAACCAGCCACUGAGUCAAAUCAAAGCCAGUGUUUACUGCCUGUAUGUUUUUCACCAGCCCUUCUUGAUCUUUCACUUUGAUUUUAUGUUUUAGCUCAUUUACGUGGAAAUGACCCUGUGCAGACUCAAAAGCAGUUUCUGAAGAUAACAACUCAACCGCAAGCCAAAGUUUUAACAAGUAUUAGCUACCAGUCAAAAUGAAUACUGGAACUGUGGUUGUAUUCUCUCUAAACUGCUGCAAUUCUUCACGCAGGUUCAAAAUAUUGACCCGACUAUUUUCUCUUCAGAACUAAUAAGCCGUUCUGUCCUGUUUUCUGUUUGGUUGCUUGAUCAUUUAUUGAUGUUGUCAUUGCUAAACAAACUAAAAUCAAAUGACUGUGCACACCACUUCAAUGUUAGCUUAUUCAGCAGGUGGGAAGGUGGAGAGGUGACCGUCCUUUUAACGGCACAGCACACUAAAUAAUAAAGCAGAAAGCCAAAGCAAAGGUAGGUUAGCAAGCUAGUCUGCAAACAAGAAAUUUGUUGUUCAAAUGAGCUCUGCAGACUCUCUGGUCAUGAUGUCAGCCCUCCUUCUUUCUGCCAGUAAAAGAUGACCCACAAAACUGUCCUCUUUCUGCCUGGCAGCUUGUCACACUCACAUCCCUCGUAACAUGUAUGCCAGGUGCGUGACAGCCCACACAGGAAUGCAUCAUGUUUAUGGAAAGGAGACUGGCACCUAGAGAGACCUUGAAAUUCCCUUUUCUCACUUCUGAUCACGUUAUUCUGAGGUUAAUUGCUGUUCCAGUUUAAAGAAACUUACCAGGACAGAAAGCAAAGCCAGCAGACGGCAACACUGUUCAUUUUAGCGAACUUGAGAAGGGAAGGGUAAAGCAGCUAUGACAAGGAACUGAAAGAGGCUUCUGAGCAGCAGCAGUGCGAUAAUUCAGCUAUCCGUUUUCAAACCCAAGGUCAAACACAUUAAUUCCCUCCUCCCUCCUUGCUUUUACCUUCAGGAGUUCUGCACUGGACGUUAAGAGUCUUCCUCUCUCCAAGCAAGCAGUUUUCCACUGUGGUCUGGCAAGGUCAUAACAAACACCAGGUGUCUCAAGGUCUAUAAUCAGCACACCUUAACGAUACCCUACAGGAAAGGUUCUUCCCUGGGCUUUUGGUCUGGUGUUUCUACAACUGAUGCACCACAGGAACUGAAGCUGCAUCUGCCUGGAAGCUACCAAAGGUUUAUAGAAGCAAUAAAAGCACUAACAAGCAAAGCACUGCACCGUUCCGAAUUUCAGUUCUGGCCCGACUUUGUGAACAAAGUCAAUGCCAGCAAGUGCUUUAUAGUGCCGGUCCCUAAGUUCAGCAGAUGCCAAAGGACAAAUACUAACACAUUUUAAAUGAUUUAAGAUCAAUAUUAUUUCUGACCCUCCAAAAUGAAGCAAAGGAAAAUGCUUGACGUAUUAUUUGCCAAAGAAUAUGAUGCCCUAAAACUUCUAGUAGUAGUAAUAAACACAAAAGGAAAUUUAAAUCUAAUCUUCACUAAUGUUUAAGAGUCAUUCACUGAUGUUAAUUCAAUUAAAGAUAUUUAUAAUUACCAUUUUCCUUCCAGUUUUUAAGUUGCACUAUACUCAUUCAACAGUCCUGGAAAUUUGAUUUUAAAGCUAGAAACCAUAUCUGUUUUAUGAAAUGGUGAAUUACUAUUCAACAAUGUAAAAUACAGCCACUUACAGUAUGGUUGGUGCUACCAUUACCCUGUUAUCGGAAGUACCUCUAAGUCACUGCUGCAAAACAACUCCCAGAAUUGGCAAUCCCCUACUUUUACAGGGUUACAACUUCAGGAUGGGGCACGCUAAGAACACAACAACAACACAGAAGAGGAGAUGCUUGCGGAAGCACGCUUAUUAGACAAAACUUGAGACUGACAGCAGCUCUGGGUGCGGCCUCCUCUGGAUGCUCGCUGUGGCAUGGGGAGCACAGCUGACAUUUCACUGAGCUUCUGAGCCCUGCUGCACCGCCUUUGAUCUGCGCUCCACUCAGCACACCGCUAGACACUCUGCACAUGCUGCAGAGAGGAACCGCUCUCACUGCGCCUUGCCUGUCUGCAUGGGCAUCACUUGACGUGAGGCCUCCCAGUAGAAGUAAGAGUCGCCUUCAGCAUCCAAAAGCUGGUCAGCCCUGCUCCAUCUGAACGCAGGUGAAAAGAAGCUGCUGGUGUUCCUCCUCUCUAACCCUGCAUAAAUUGCUUAAUGCCCCUGCACCUUUAAUUCAGCUGCAAAAUGAGAGGCUUAAUUGCCGUUAGAAGAAAGCUGAGACUGUCGUGCUUUCACUUGACUCUCCGAACUGGCACUGGAAGUGGCUUCUGCUGGAGCUUGUGGAAAAUAUCUGCUCCUCUGCAGUGUGCACCAUGCUUGAGAGAAAAAUGGAUAGAGAAAAUAAAUCACUUAUAAACGAAUCAGGAGGGUAAUUUUGUGAUAGCAUAAUUAUCAUAUUAUAAAAUUAUACUAAAUUAUUUUACAAUCAAUGGGGGAUGAAAGGAGAAUCCAGACCGAAAGAAGUUAGCCUGGUAUUACUUUUUAAUCUAGCUAAUGUCUAAGCAUUUUACAAUGUAACUAUUAUGUUUUGAAAGCAGGUGCUAUUGUAAUUGCCUAAGUAGCUGCAGUGUCCUACUGUAGCAUGUAUUAUUGUUGCAUUUUCAAAUGUCCCUGCGGCUCAGAAUGCUGUUUAUUGUCAUGGGUUGUAGAGCACUCAUUUCCAAAAAGAAUGAAAACAGGAAUGUAAAGAAAAAUGGCAAGAUUUCUAAGAAUUGUAUCAAAUUCCAAAAUGCUACUUUGUGCAAGAAAGACCAGAGCCUAUGUGCAAUUGUACAUAAGAAAUAAUCAUUCUUUGAUCUCUCA